AUGGCAAGACUCCAAAUUCUCGAUUUGCUCAUCGCACACAAUUGGGAAGAGCUGAAUAAGAAGCUGGAUUGCCUCCUUAAGCAGGGCACUAAUAUCCACUGGAAGGAGGUUUUCCCCGGUGUUUGGGAACAGUACCCUGCUGUGAAGGAAAUCGAGAUUCAGCUGAUUAUGGCGCGAAGUCGUGUUGUCCUUACAUUGUGUGACGAAAUUACUGCCAUCUGUACCGAAGGCUCGCUGCUGGGUGUCCAGAUAAAUGUUUUGUUGGAAAGAUUCCAACUUUGGCCAAUCAGUAGUCUGACCAGGCUUUCUCUCGCAGAAAUUGAUGCGUCCCUCAGUAAGAUUAGGCCCCAUAUAAACCAGUCAAAUCUUGAAUAUAUGGACGAGAAACACGUCAUUAUUCAGGGUGAGCAGUUCGCUGUGAUAAGCGAAUCUACUGGUUUGAAAUUAGGUCGGGCAAAAAGCAUGAUUACUUGUGCCAUGAAGGAGGAGUUUUGUCUCCGUUGUGUGAAGAGAUCUGAAGGCUAUUUAUAUGGCAUUGAGAAAGAAAUCACUACUCCAUGCUCUCGAGGUCAUGGGCUUUUUUGGCUCCAUGACCAAUGGAUGCCAUCUCGGCAGAAAAUAUUUGACCCAGAAGCGGAAGAUCAGCAGCAAUCGACUAUCUGGGACUACUUGUCACCCGACUCUAACUCUUGUAUGACCGAUUUUGCGCACGAGGACGCGGAAGAUCAGCAGCAACUGAGUAUCCGGGACUACUUGUCACCCAGCUCUAGGCCUUUUAUGAUUGAUUUUGCGCACGAGGAUGCGGAAAAUGAUUUCACCCGGAAGAGGCAAAAGAGGCGCUGUGGGUAUGCUAUGGGAUUCCGGAAGUACGGGCAGCUUUUUGACAUCCCGGAUGGCGACUGA